CACAAUACUUUAUGAGUCGCAACAUUUAAACAGGCUCUUCUGAGUCACUCUCACUAGGGCUAGGGUUUUUACUGAAACUUGUGGGAAAGAUCGAGCGCGGGGCAGAGGCUGACAUUCAAAUUGCUCAACCCUAUGGCGUUCAGAUCAUGUAAGUCUAUAUCACCCAUCUUUCAUUUCUUUUACGACACUUUGAUACAUUACAGAAUCAAUCACAAUACACCCACAAUGGUUCGUUUUUUUGAAACCCAGUCAGUAGCAAACACCACAAAUUUCACAGAGAAACAAGCUCUCACGGUCUCUUAUCUCACCAAGUCGUGUGGGUUGUCUCUAAAAUCUGCUAUCUCAGCUUCUAAGACGGUCAAAAUUAAGAGCCCAGAGAAACCGGACUCGGUUCUUGAGUUCCUAAGGUCGAAUGGCUUCACUGAAAAACACAUUUCAAUCCUAAUUUCUACAAGCCCAAAUUUAAUUUUGGCUGAUCCAGAGAGAAAUUUGAGGCCUAAAAUUGAGUAUUUUAAAUCUUUGGGUAUCGUCGGUCCUGACUUGCCCAGGGUUCUUUAUGCAAGUGAUGUGUUAGAUAGAAGUUUAGAAAACCAAAUCAAACCUACAAUUAAUUUCCUGAAACAAUACACGAGGACCAAUGAGAAUUUAAUUUAUGUUCUUAAGCGAUCUAGCUGUGUGCUUGCGUGCAACGUUGAAAAAGUUAUGGCGCCCAAUAUCAACACAUUGCGGGCUCAUGGUAUGCCUGAAUCCAAUAUUGAAAAAUUAAUCGUGUCCUGGCCUAGAGCACUAAUGUUGAAAGUUGAUAGGUUUAAAGAGGUUAAUGAUGCAGUUAAGGAAAUGGGUUUUGAACCCAAAAGUCGAUCUUAUAUAUGUGCUAUCUAUACAAUGUCCAUGAAUACCAAACUCAACUGGGAAAAGAAAAUGAAAGCUUAUAUGACCUAUGGUUGGUCUGAAAGCACAUUUAAUUCGGCAUUCAAAUUACGACCGAUGUGUAUGGAAUGCUCGGAGGAGAAGAUCAAGGAACUGAUGGAUUUCUUCGUGAACAAGGCGGGGUUAAGAGCAUCAGAGAUUGCUAAAUGCCCAAAUCUUUUUGAAAAUAAUUUGGAAAGGAGAAUCAUUCCAAGAUGUUCUGUUCUACAAGUUCUGAUGUCAAAGGGUUUGAUUGGGAAGGAUGUAGAUGUGGUUCGGGUGUUGACUCUUACCACACAGAAUUUUGAGACCAGGUUUCUGACCAAGUAUAAGGAGGUUGCUCCUGAGGUAAUCAAAGCGUACAAGGGUGAGAUAGGAUUUGAAGGAUUCACUACUAGAAUGUAGGAUAAUGUGGAAUCAGAGAAGCGAGCAACUGCUAGAUAUGCUAGCAACAGCGGAGGACUAACGAUAUGGUGUAUUUGAGUUUCUAUCAAAAUGAUUUGGCUGCAUAUAAGGUUUGCCAUCUUAGGAGUAAUCCUCUAAUCACUUCAAUGAGGUUUUUCGGUGGCUGAUACAAUAUGAUAAGAGGACAAUAGAAGCCAAAAUUCUGCCAUGCUUGAAGAUGAUGACAAUGUGGAUUCACUCACAGAGCUCCUAUUAGCAAUGCUCUCAUAGAGCAAUCAGUGUGCAGAUGUCCAAUGGCAAUUUGUAUCGCCCCUUCCCGCCCCUAAUGACACGGGUAUGGGAACCCUUUUUGUUCCGCAGGGGUGGGUGUGGGUAAAAAUUAAAAACCCUUCACGGGUUUUGAUACAAUCCCGUCCCGCCCCGUAUUUUUUAUUUUCUUUUGUGACACACUUUGUUACUUUUUAUUUCUUAACCUAAAGCACCCAUCCUUACAAACCCUUACCACACAGCUAUCACCACCGACAACUAAGAAAUCACCAGAUCGACAUUAUCUCCUUUGAUUAGAACUCUUCUUCUCUCUCUCUCUCUCUCUCUCUCUCUCGCUCAGUCUCUUUCUCUCUCCCUUCGUCUCUCUUUCUCUCUCCCUUCGUCUCUCUUUCUCUCUCCCUUCGUCUCUUUCUCCUGGGCAUGUGUCUAUGUUAAAAUUACCUUUGUUCUAUCUGUGAGAAAAUAUUUGAUUUCGAGUUUGUGUGUUUAGUCAAUGUGUGUAAGAUUGUGCUGAGACCUCCACUGGUGGAUGUGUAUUGAGCCUAAGAUUAGAAAUAUUAUUUGUUUUAUUCGGGUGGGUAA